CAAGCGGAGUGGAUCCUCUCUUUCAAAUAUUACCGCGAACGAACUUGAAUCGUGACGAGUAGCCAUAGGUGGCGCUCGUUGUUCGCGGCAUGAAUUGAAUGGACGCGAGAAACUCAAGCGUCUGCAGCGCUAUAGCCGCCUCUCCCUGGGGCGCAUCCUGCGCAUGCGUUGCACGUUUAUUAUCUUCUUUCUGUUCAAGUGCCAUUUCAUUGCAUGCAGUGCAGUCUAUAAAACAGAAUGCGUUCUCGGUGGAUCUCGAGUUUCCUAUCACUUAUCGUCAUUCGUAGCGUAUAAACAUAACAGCACGCGGUCAUUAACUUACAAAUUGUUUACGUGUCGUUCGACACAUGGGAACCCGCUGAUAUCGUGCAUGAAAUGCCAGUUUCCGUAUUAUAAAAAACACGAUCGGGCCAUUGUUAGCGUCGUAGUCGGGCUUUUCGGGAUCGAAUAAUUCGCUGAACGGUUUCGCGCGAGCAAAAAUGUCAUGCAGCUACGCGGACGGUCUCUCGCAGUACGAAAACAAAGGAGUGCUGGGCCUGGAAGAGAGAUACGACAGCGUCGAGACGUUGCGACUGAAGUGUGGCCUUCUAGCCGAUUGGAUACAGGCAGCACGGCACGUAGUCGUUCACACCGGCGCCGGCAUCAGCACUGCUGCGGGCAUUCCGGAUUUUCGAGGGACAAAUGGAGUAUGGACAUUAGAGCAGAAAGGUUUGAAGCCUACAAUGAAUAUUUCCUUUGACGAAGCAAUUCCUACAAAAACACACAUGGCAUUGAAAAAAUUAGUAGAUGCUAGUGAGUACAAUUAUGAUACUACAAGUGCGAUCAGGCACUUAGAAGAGUUUCUAAUUAAAAUUGUUUUUCCUCCAGAAAAAGUCAAAUUUAUUAUAAGUCAGAACAUUGAUGGCUUGCAUCUUCGAUCUGGAGUACAGAGACAGCAUCUUGCAGAAUUACAUGGAAAUAUGUUUACUGAACAGUGUGAUAAAUGUGGAAGGCAAUUCAUUCGAAAUUUUGCAACUAAAAGCGUUGGGAAAAAGUCCCUUGACACUGUGUGCAGAUCUGAGCAAAUUGGUGGUCGUCCGUGCCGUGGACGCAUGCAUGAUACUAUUCUUGAUUGGGAACACAACCUGCCAGACAGUGAUUUAACAUUGUCCGACUUACAUUCUAGUGUCGCAGAUUUAAGUAUAUGUCUUGGAACAACGCUUCAGAUUAUCCCGAGCGGUAAUUUACCUCUGUACACCAAAAAGUACGGAGGUCGACUUGUCAUAUGUAAUCUGCAGUCUACGAAACACGAUAAAAAGGCAGACUUAAUUAUUAAUGGAAAUGUUGACGAGAUAAUGAUCAGCGUUAUGAAAAAGCUAGGGCUAGAGAUACCCGAAUACGAGAGUACAAUGGAUCCCACGCGUAAUUCUGACACAACGUCCAAGGAAAUGGAUUGGACGAUACCGACGAGCAGAAUAAAAGAAAUGAACGUGUUGUACAAGAAGGUGUGCAAACCGAUGAGAAGGAAACGAAAGACGUUCAUGUAUGAGAGAGAGAGAACUGAUACGAAACGGGAGACAAAGACAAAGAAGCAGGCGUUCAUGAUAAAACAAGACAUAAAAACAGAGGAUACGAUGAAUACAGCAAACCAGGUUUGCAACAACGCGGUUGUCCCAGAGGAUGUAAGCAGUAAUGCGAUGAAAAUCGAGGACGAGCUGAAAGACAUGGAACCGUUCGAUUUCACGACAAACAUGACUCAACCGGAUCCUGGGUUAGGAGUGAACAACAUACUGUAGCAUGAUUUCAGUAGGUGGUGAUUCAGCGACCUAAUACUCCUAUUAAUAUUCAGUCUCUGUUAAAUUUAUUUACGAGUGCAUAUAGAAUGGAUGUUAUCUGUAUGUGACGAAUGCCUAAAAAAAAAAAGUGCUAUUGAUUUGUUUAUAUGAAAAAGACAAAAGAAAACAAAAAAAAAAAAA